CCGCGGCCAGCGACGAGCCCUACCCCCCCAUGUCAUGGGAGGAGGCGCACGCCCUCAUCUCGGAGCCGCCAUUGUCGCCCCCGGGCUCGCGGCCCUCCUCCUACGAGGAACCGAGUUUCCUCGGCCGCGUUUUCGCGUCCUGUUGCGCCGUGGACCCCGACCGGAGGGCGCGCAAGGCCGAGCGGUCCGACGAGCUCCAGCUGGAACGGGCGCGUUUCCCGCGUCCACGCCAUCGACGCGGCGUCGAGGAGUCGACGAUUACCGGUCGAUCUCGCACAGGGGUCCGAUACCGCCGACAUCUUCGCCAUUCGAGCGUCAUUGCCUCAGGGCGACCUCUUCUCGCGGUCCUUCUCGAGCGAAGAGACGAUCUCGUUUUCCGCCCGGGACGUCGACGAGCCGCGGGACUCGCUCCUGGCGCCGCGCGGCUCGCGGGACUCGCUCCGGAGCCUGCUCCGGGAUCGGCCGGGCAGCCGGGGCUCGCUCGGCGACUCUUUUCGCGGCUCGCUCGGCGACACGGUCUACGUCCCCUCGCGGCGAAGCGAUAGCACGACGAGCCCGCCGCCGCACCCCUCCAAAGCGAAGCCUUGGAAGCCCCGGUCCAAGCCUCCCCCACGCACUAACUUCGAUGACUUCUGA